AUGCCUCAAUCUUCCCAUACAGGAAACCUUGAAUUUGAUCCGGAGAUCGAGAAAAAAGUCAAGAGAUUGGCUAAGGAAGCUAAAUUGCGGAAGCAACAAGUUUUAUCACCAUCUUCUCCUGGACUUAACUUGGUUGUUGAUUUAAGCAGAUCGUUUUGUGAUUUGGAAGAGCACAUAUUCGAUCAGCUAUUGAUUCAAUAUUUUUAUGAAAGAUUGUCACCGAUGGAUAGAAGCAUGGUAGAUGUAGCUAGUAGUGGUGCUCUACUCAAUAAAACAAUAGAUGAAGCCACAAGGUUGAUUUCUAAUAUGGCGGAAAAUUGUCAACAAUUUGGUGCUAGGACAGAUGGAGUGACUAGAAGGGUAAAUGAGGCAGCUAAAAUAUGUGGAAUUUGUACUGCUCCCGGACACCCAACUGAUAUGUGUCCGACUCUUCAAGAAAAUUCUCACGAGCAGGCAAAUGUUAUGGGAGGUUUUUCAGGACCACCACAAAGGAGAAAUGAUGCACCUACAUACAAUCCAGGGUGGCGAAAUCACUCCAAUUUCAGCUAUGCUUCAAAACUGCCAGGUAAACUACCAGCUCAGGUUAUUCCAAACCCAAAGGAGAGUGCAUGUGUGAUGACCCUCCGUAGUAGCAAGGAAAUGCAGUCCUUAAUACUGCAAGCAAGGAAAAUUAAUGAAGAAAAAGUGAAUGAAGAGUUUGAGAAGAAAGAGCCUUCAACUGAAAAGGUAAGUCAUAAAUGUGAUGCUUCUAAAACAUUUGAAAUUGACCCUCCUUUUCCUAGCAGGAUGGCUAAAACAAAAAAGGAGGAAACUGAGAAGGAAAUUUUGGACACAUUUCGAAAAGUUGAGAUCAACAUCCCUUUGCUUGAUGUGAUUAAGCAGUUACCGAAAUAUGCAAAAUUUCUGAAGGGAUUGUGCACUAACCGGAACAAACUUAAUAAUGAUGACAAAAUAAGGGUUGGUGAGAAUGUGUCAGCAGCUCUCCAAAGAAAGUUGCCUCAAAAGUGCAAGGAUCUAGAUGUACUUGACCCUUUCAUGUAG